AGGGAUCCGAAUUCAUUCUCUCUAAACUCCCUUGUAAAAGCACCCGUGCAUUCUCUGUUAUAAUAUAAGUUGGGCUACAGGUGUUCCACCUAAAGUCUUACCGGUCACUCUGCGUGUUUUUACCUUUCUUGUUUUACCAAAUCAAGCAAACUAUUCUAGACCCGGUCUAGUAUAGUUUGACCGGUCAAGUAAUUUACACCAUCAUUUUUGGCGCCACCCGUGGGACUGUUAAGGUUUCUUCUCUUCUAAACACAAACCUACCCACGAAAAUACCACUCAAAAUGUCUUCGAGUCAACAAAUCAACGUUACUUCCACUCAGGUGCAAGCCACCAAUGAGGAUACCAGCAUCCCUGUGGCUGCUACCUUACCGGUCAUUUCCGCCCCAGUGUUGCCUUUGGGUCUGAGCUCUGUCCCAACGCCCAGCGUGGUCAGCCCCUUCACGACCCCCGUCCCUUCCGCUGGACCAAGGGUCACGUUCCCACCAAGCAUGACUCAGUUCAUGAAUGACCCAGCCAACCUACAAGCCAUCCAGGGCUUUGGCCAGGUCAUGGCCAUGUGCCAACAGAAUAGGGGGAUGCCUUUCCUCCCUGGCAUGUUUCCAUUCGCCCUUCCGGGCGCUGGAACGAUGCCCCUUCAAGCUCUCAUGGCAGUGACGCCGUUCCAGACACUGAUGCUGCAGCCAUCACCUUUCCAGCCGCAGCUG